CAACUAUGCCGGUAGUUGAAGUAAAUAAAAAUGAAGCUCUUUUAAAUGCCAUUGAAUUUUUAAAUGAAAACCCAACAGAGAAGAGUGCUACAGUAGCACGGAUGUACAGAGUAAACCCAAGUACGCUCCGGACUAUACGACUACGACAACGACGCGCAUCACCACAACGCACCGCUGUGCCACGCGGAGGCCAGAACAGAGUACUGUCUGAUGUACAAGUUACAGCUAUACAAAGAUACAUCCAACGCUCGUACGAAAAUGGGUACGGUGCAACUAAGCCUAUGGUGUUCAGUGCCAUCUGCCAACUACGUGCAGCAGAAACUCCAACACGUGCACCACCAUCACAACGGUGGUUCCAGACAUGGAUUAAGACACAACAACACAACUUCCAUACAAUAAAAACCCGGCCAAUUGAAGCAGCACGGGUUGCAUCUCAUGAAGUAUCAGCUAUUAAAGAAUGGUUUUAUGAAUUUAAAGAUGUGUGUAAUCAACUAGAUAUUACUGCAGGUGAUAUCUACAACUUUGAUGAAGUUGGAUUCCGUGUAGGAAUGAGCACCGGUGAACAUGUGUUGGUACCAUCUGCAGUAAAGAAGCUUUAUAUACAAGCUCCAGAGAACAGACAAAGUCUUACAGUUAUAGAGACAAUUUCAGCUGCUGGCAUUGCACUUCCACCGUUCCUUAUUAUACAAGGAAAAUUACACAUGGAAAGUUGGUACCAUGACAAUCUACACGGUGAUGAGAAAGUUGCAGUAUCCGAUUCCGGAUAUACAAACUCUGAGCUUGCAAUGGAAUAUCUACAGCAUUUUAUUCAACAUACACCGUCUAUAAGAACGAAAUUGUUAAUAAUGGACUCUCAUGUCUCACAUGAAGUUCCAGAGUUUAUAAUACUUGCACAUCAACACAAUAUACACUUACAUGUGUUUCCGUCUCAUCUUAUGCAUAUUCUACAACCGCUAGAUGUUACUGUGUUUGCACAAUAUAAACAUUGGCACCGACGUGCAAUUCAACAAGCAAUCCGGAAUUUUGAUACAGAUUAUAAUGUUAUAUCUUUCUUUAGAGACUUGUCUACUAUCCGUAAGCAGACAUUUACAAAGGGUAACUGUAUCAAGUCUUUUAGAGAUGCAGGUAUUUGGCCACCUAACUAUGAAAAGAUUCAAGAGAAGGUUGCUAUAUAUGCAAAACCAGAAGUUUUAGAAACACCACAACGUGCAUUUCAAGCAAGUUAUGAUCUUUCAACAUGGAGUCAAACAUUUGAUAGGAUCCUUAGUUCACCGUCACGGCAAAAGUGGGCAUCUUCUUAUACUGAAAUCCAAACUCAGUUAACAGAGGCUGAGCUGUUCCAGUCAGAGCUUGUACAAAUUACUACUAUUAUGACUGAGCAACGACAGCGGAAGGUUAGAAGUCGGAAAUCUAUUCAAAAAGGUGGUGCUAUUACAGUUGAACAUGCACGGCAAAGGAUUUAUGAGAAGAAGGUAAAUGAGCAACUUUUAGAAGAAGCACGGGAGAAAAGAGAGAGAACACGCAUGGUGAACGUUGAGCGUAAGAUGCAGCUCCGUGCUGGCAUCGAUGCACGGAAGGCAGAACGUACACGGAAAAAGGACCUACAUGAAUUUCAAAAAAGUAACCCAGACACGGAGCCACCAAUUGGCUUACGUACAGAAAUCAUUGACCCGGACGUUACACAGAAGAAACGUGAGGAGGAGGAGGAGGCGGACCGACUGUUAGCCAUCGAGGAGAGUGGGUACGUGAACUUUGCAGGCUUGGACUACGACAUGAUUCACGAUGCAAGUGACGGUGGCUGUGAUGAUCAAUCACUGCCUGACAAUAUUGAUCCAAAUCUUUUUUAAUUAUUUAAUUCUAUAACUUAUAUAUAUUUACAGCAUUGUUACGUUGUCAGUCGUGUUCAUGGUCGGUCGUGUCGCGUCGCGAGUCCGCUCCCGAAGUGUCCCACAAUCGCUUUCGCGUCCCAGUUCGCUUUCGCCAACCGCCUCCAGGCGGUGGUUUGAGAACCAACGAUUAAUUGGGUUUGAGGUUGCGAUGCUAUCGGAAAGUGUUUCAUUUGGUGGGAUGUUCCGUUUGGUGGUAAACCACGUUACUCGUAUAACUAAUUGCUUUAAAAUUCAAAUAGCCAAACCCAC